GUAGUUGAAUACUGUUAAUUCUUGUCAAUAUCAACCAAUGUAAGAUACUACACUUUCUGUGCUUGGAGAUAUUCAAAGCCGACUGACAUCAGAAGAAACAAAAUGACCCGCCAUCAAAACCCACCCUUUCGCGCAGAACACCUCGGUUCUCUGCUCCGUACAGAGACUUUGGUCAAGAAGCGUGAUCUCCUAACCGAGGGCAAAGUCACUCCCAAAGAACUUAUCCCCAUUGAGGAUCAGGAUAUCAAGGAUAUAGUUGCCAAACAGCUGGAACUCGGUUACCACGCUAUUACCGAUGGCGAGUAUCGUCGGCACAUGUUCUGGGGCUCCUUCUUCCCCAACCUCGAAGGUUUCACUCAAAUCAUGAGACCCGACGCGGGAAUGUUCCGCCUGUACAUGCCGGACAUUGCAGCCUUUGUAGAAGAAAAAGUCGAACCGGGCGAGACUGUGGUCUGUACCGGUAAAAUCAAACACAAGGGCAGCAGCUACGUCGACGAUUUCAAAUUCCUCGCUGGAUUGGUGAAACCGGAAGAAGUGAAAAAUAUCAAGAUUACGCUUGCGGCUCCCAACUGGUAUCAUAUGAGAUACAAGGAGGGAUAUGCUUAUUCCAAGGAAGCGUAUUCUUCGGACGAGGAGUAUUUUGCGGAUAUUGCAAAGGCGUAUCAGGAGGAGUUGCAGAUUUUGUAUGAUGCAGGCUGUAGGAAUGUGCAAUAUGAUGAUCCUAACCUUGCCUACUUCUGCUCCGAAAAAAUGAUCGAAGGCUGGAACUCCGACCCCCUCAACAAAGGCACCACCGAAGACCUCCUCGACAAAUACAUCAAACUCUACAACGACUGCAUCGCCAAACGCCCUGCAGAUCUGCACGUUGGUGUCCAUUUGUGUCGCGGCAACUUCCACAACUCUCGCCACUUUUCCGAAGGUGGCUACGACCGUAUUGCCGUGAAGCUGUUCAAGGAAUUGAACGUCGAUACUUACUACCUUGAAUACGAUACCCCUCGGGCCGGUGGAUUCGAGCCUCUCAAGGAGCUACCAGUUACCAAGAACGUGAUCCUCGGUGUCGUCACCUCCAAGUUUGAUACCAUGGAAGACAAGGAGGAGAUGAAAAAAAGGAUUGUUGACGCAGCCAAAUUCAUUGCCGAGGGAAACAACAUCUCGGUGGAAGAGGCUCUUAAACAAUGCGGUGUUAGUCCUCAAUGCGGAUUCGCAAGUCACCACGGCGGAAACGCUAUUAGUCGUGAAGGCAUGUUUAAAAAGUUGAAGCUAGUUAGGGAGAUUGCGGAUGAGAUUUGGCCUAAUGAGCCUUGAUCUGCUCCGGUUGAAUGAUGUACGAUGUCAACUUUCAACAAGAUGAUGUAACGAGUUUAUUAUGAUACAUGGAAAAGGGAGUUCAACAUGUUAAGUUAUAUCAACAAAAUGUUUAGAAUAGUCGGUUCAUUAGUUACAAACUUAAUGAGCAAAAUAGUAUGAAUUCACCGGCUUGAUUUUAUUAGCUCCUACCACUACCACCACUACUACUCUAAACUACCACAUCCAUCAACACACAAUCGAACCUCCAUCUCAAUUUCCAUCCCUUCCACAUUCACGUCAGACAUAUCGUACAUCCCCUGAUCCCCUCUAGCCGGUGCCAUCCAAUCCCUCCACAGCACCAUACGCGGCGGAAACGGCCACGAGAAAUUAACAAUGUCCAAUGAUAUUCGAUUCCUUGAUUGCGGUGCGUUUCUGGGUAUGGCUAUUUUCGAUCU